GUGGGACAAAAAUUGGUAGGCCUGGAAGGAGAUGCUGAAAAUGGUUUUCUUCCAAACAUCCCUUUUAUCCCACUUUGAUACGCAGCAUUCUGGAUACGAAUGGCAGCAGCAGCAAUGAAACGGGUGAUAUCAAACGCAGCUGUCUGGAGACAUUUAUCUCCAAUCCAUGGAGCUUUAUAUUGUGUUUGCCGUAAAUCUACAUAUUCUCCUCUUCUGGAUUACUAUAAUUGCAAAGUAGAACUUGCUUUGACAUCGGAUGGCAGGACCAUAAUAUGUUAUCACCCUUCCAUGGAUAUUCUGUAUGAACAUACCAAACCUAUCCCUCGACCAGAUCCUGUGCUUAAUAAUGAAGAAACACAUGAUCAAGUGCUGAAAACCAGACUGCAAGGAAAAAGUGAGCACUCUGAGCAGGGACCCAUGGUGGAGCAACUUAGCAAGAUGUUCUUCACUACUAAGCACCGUUGGUAUCCUCAGGGACAUUAUCACAGACGUCGUGAGAAGCUAGAUCCUCCCAAGGACAGGUGCUGCUGA